CGUCCGAUCCCCAAUCAACGGUUGCAAUUGAAAAGUAGCGGCCCGUUGGGAGGCUCGCUCUCCUCCCAAAUGACAAUAAUAAAAUCCGGGUUUUUUCCUCUCACACUCAAACGGUUUCAUGUCCUCUUCUCCUCCGCUCUCACUUCUUCUAUCCUUCAUCCCUUCCUGCUAACGUGCACCGCCUCAUGCUAACCUGCGCACCCUGAGAUGUCACGACCCUCUUUCUAUCUGAUAAGAAUUUCUCGUUACAGAAAAACCCAUUGAAAGGAAGGAGAAAGAAGAAAAAGAGGAAAAGAAUCAGCCAUGGAAGUGCAGAAAAGCCAGACCAAGCUGACAAGAACAUCAUCAUCUCUUCUCCGCUCUCCAACCGUCCGAUCUUCCAUCCACAGUCUCUCAUCAAUUGAUGAAGAGUCACAGAACAAAACCCACAAGCCAGUUUCCGGAAACGGCGUCCCGAACCGCUUCCUCCCGUUCCUGGUAGUGGCGAUCGUCUUCCUGCCGGUCUUCUUCUUCCUCUUCUUCUACCUCAGAGAAGAAAUUCCAGUCCUGAGCAGCUUCUUGAUGGCUCCAGUCGUCGUCACUGCCGCUGCCUUUGCUGCGAGAAAGGGCUCCAUCGUCCGGAAGAUCACGCUGGUGUCGUCGCCAGUCUUCAGGCAUUUAUGGGAAGAGCGGAAUCGGAAAUUGCGGUUCAGGAAGGACGAUUCGGUCCAAUGGUUUAUCGGUAGCGGUGGGGAGAAUUCAUCCUUGAAGACGGAUCAGAAGAAGAUUAUCCGAGAAGGGGUUGAAUUCUACAGUAAUGGGGAUUUUUACGAAGGUGAAUUUCACAAGGGUAGGAGUAAUGGGAGUGGGGUUUAUAACUAUUUUGUGAACGGCAGGUACGAGGGUGAUUGGGUCGAUGGGAGAUAUGAUGGAUACGGGAUCGAAAGCUGGGCGAGGGGGAGCCGGUACCGUGGGCAGUAUCGGCAGGGCUUGCGGCACGGGCUCGGCAUCUAUCGGUUUUACACAGGAGAUAGCUAUGCUGGUGAGUGGUUUAAUGGGCAGAGUCACGGCGUUGGAGUUCAGACAUGUUCGGAUGGGAGCUGUUAUGUUGGGGAAUUCAAGUGCGGCGUCAAGCAUGGAUUGGGUCGUUACCAUUUCAGGAAUGGUGAUAGGUACGCUGGAGAGUAUUUUGGAGACAAGAUCCAUGGUUUUGGGGUUUAUCACUUUGCCCAUGGUCACUGUUACGAAGGAUCAUGGCAUGAGGGCCGAAAGCAGGGUUUUGGAAUGUACACCUUCCGAAACAGCGACACAAGAUGUGGAGAGUGGGAUUGUGGAGUUUUAAAGAGCCCCCAACCACCAUUAACUGAUGCGGUACUGCGUGCUGUUCAGUCAGCGAGAAAGGCCGCGGAGAAUGCUAUUCAACUUCCCCGUGUAGACGAGCGAGUAAACAAGGCAGUCAUGGCGGCGAACCGGGCUGCCACUGCAGCCAGAGUUGCCGCCAUCAAGGCAGUUCAGAAUAGGAUGGAUGGGAAAUUUUGCGAAAUGGAUGUUUAAGAACAGAUGGAUGGAAAUUUUUGCAACACAGAUUUCUAAGAACAAGCAUCUCGCCAAUACUGUAAAUUGACUCAAUUAUAACUAUCAGAGAGGUAACGACAGACCCAAGUCAGCAAAAUGCUGACUGGGCAUGUGUGUGUGAGGGAGAGAGAAAGAGAGAAGCGGACAACCAGAGAUGUUCAAGAUGUAGAUUAACAUUCUUGGUAGAUGCUGUCAUGACUAGUGUAACAUGUAAAUAAACCCAUAUGUAUAUCAAUUGAAUAUGAUUUUCCA